AUAACCUCAAAACUGAAACAGCAGAAGAUUAUCAUGGAAAGGGACCGGAGAGAAAGACAGAGACGAUAAACAUCUGACUGCAUUCAAAAUAUACAAUUCAAAACCCUCAUGUAAAAAGAAACGAGACACAACAUCGCCUGUUCUAAUGGUUUGAUGGAGAAUUGGUCGGAUGACAGCUGGAACUGUGGUUAUCACUGGUGGAAUACUAGCAACAGUGAUACUGCUGUGUAUCAUUGGUGUACUUUGUUACUGUAGACUCCAGUAUUACUGCUGCAAGAAGGAUGAAUCAGACGACGAGGAGGAAUGUUCAGACAUACCCGCUCACCCACACAUCCCUUGCAACUCAUGCAACGCGCAUGUCAUGGACGGAUUGGUCCCUCAAUUGGCGCUGCCAGGGGAGCCUAGCCAGACACUCACAAGGGGCUCGUGUCCCAGUUGCACGCCCUUUUAUGUUCGAACCGCUGACGAGAUGCGCAACGGGGGCGAACGUAUCUCAUACACUCCCGCCCGCUACAAAGAGCCAGGGCUGCCCCUCAAGGUGCCGUCACUUCAAGGUUUCCCGAUGAGCCGGCAGAACACCGUGCGGGAGAUGUUUGUGGGCGUCAGGGCUAUAAGUACUGAGGUGUGAACUGGGGCACCAGGGAGAUGGAGAGAAGGAGACGAUUUUAGUUUUCUCUAUUAAGUGGAGGUAAAAGAGAGUUUGCAAAAAACAACACAUGGCCUUGGACAACAGGUUCCAAUAAAGGAAUUCACCCCUUUCUAUUCUCAUCGAUGAAGGCCCAGCACUCAUCCUGCCCUGCAGGGCAUCCAUCUGAACGUUCUUCCCUCAGGACUAACAACACAAGACAAGCAACAAAGCCUGUCUUGCUGCACGCUUUUUUUGAAACGUUCACGUGUUUUUGGAAACCAUCUGCAAAGAAAGUGUGGUUCCUCUUUCUUUACAAAGAGGCCAAGGGCACUGUCUUUCAAAAUGUAAGGCCUGAUGGUGACACCAGUAAACCGGCUUGGAAUCUAAGCAUCAAAGAAGGACAAGUGCCAUUUCACUGUUUUCGCUUCCGCUGUCACGUCAGCUCACUAAUAUUGACUUCGGAUCAUCACACGGUAGUCUCAGAUGUGUUCACUUGGUUGUGUUCUGUACCAGAUUAUAGGCUUUGCUGCUCAACUCCCAGUCACUAACUUUACCUUUCUUUUAAAACUCCCCUUACUGGUCCUCCAGCAUCACUGACUGCCCAUUCCACCUCGUGCACUCUCGUCCCAAGCCGAUAGACGGGGCUGUUGUUGGGAGAAGGAAGAGAGUUUGAGCUCCUGGAUAUGGUUGCGGGUUUUCCCAAGUCUGUUCACUCUGUUUUUCUACCAACCCUUCUGAAGUUUUGAUAUGGGGCAUGGAGUGGGUGGGGAAUGACGGAGGAAAAUCCUGGUGACCAGGCAGGAUGGUCGAAGGUGGAAGAUAUUAUGGUGAAAGCUCCAAGAGUGCAUCUAACCUGAGUUGGCAGGAGCUAGAGAGAGAAGGAGAUGGUGGGUGAGAAAAGGAACAAUCCCUAUGGGAAGAUGUAUGAUAGACUGGAGGAUCAGGCCAGGCUCCAGUGACUGUCUACUCUCAGUUGGCUUGUUGACUCUCAGUGCCUGUCCCUACACUAGGGAAAUGUAUUGAUUUGAUUUGUUUACCUAGGUACAGUGAAAUGUGCACAUACAAAGUGCAUUAGGGUAAUAGAGCAGA